AUGUACAAUGUGCAUGACCCCCCUAACAUUUAUGUAGAAACCAACUAUGGAUAUGGCCAGGGGUUUGUGACCAACUACCAGUAUGAUCCCUCACAGAUAGCCUUCAUGCAGCAGCAGGGGUACGACAUGACAGGGCAGUAUGCUGCUGCACAAUAUACCACGGACCAGUAUACCGCGGGUCAAUACGUUGCAGGCCAAUACGAUGCCUAUGGCAACGUACAACAGUUCGAAACCUUCCAAGGCUAUGGCAACCCACAGGUUAAUAAUAUACUAAUGCCCCAGGCUGUUACCCAGGGCCGAAUACAAGUAAGGCAACUGCAGAAACUGCCACUGUUGCAAAGUCUUCCAAUAAACCUGAAGAAUCGCUCCCCACCCCUCCAGCAGAGUCCCCACCCCCACCCCUCAGGAAGUAUCACCUCCACCCCUCCCAAACCAAGACAGAAACCCAGCCUGAAUAAGGUUUCCAUCAACAUAUCGUCUUCAUUCUCCAAGGCUUUAACAUCCAAAAUCCAGUCAGUGUCUUCAGGAUCAGUGCAAUCAACUUCAAAAACAAAUGAGAAACCUCCACUACAAAAGUCCCCACCAGCUAAAGAUCCUGGACCAUCUGAAGUGGCUGGAUCAUCUAAUGUGAAUGGAGCGUCUAAGGUGGCUGGUCCAUCUAAUGUAGCUGGACCAUGUAAAGUGUCUGGACAGUCUAAUGUAGCUGGAUCAUCUAAUGUAGCUGGAUCAUCUGAUGUAGCAUCUAAAGAUCCAGGACCAUCUAAAAUGGCUGGAUCAUCUCAAGAGGCUGGACCACUUAAAGAUCCUGAACCGUCUAAAAUGGCUGAACCAUUAAAAGGUGUUGAACCACCUCAAGUGACUGAACCUAUAAAGGUGGGAGAAUCACCUACAGUAGCUGGACUAUCAACAGUUGCUGAACCACCUCAAGCUGUUGAAGCAUGCACAGUGUCUGAACAAUCUAAAGUGGUUGAACCACCUAAAGUGACUGAACCUACAAAAGUGGUUGAAACACCUACACUGACUUUGCCAUCCAGAAUGAUGAUACCGUCUAAGAAACCAAUACCAGGUAAAACGUUUGUACCAGCUAAACAGCCUGUUCAAGAGGAGAAAGAGGAAAGCGAGGAAGAUGAUGAAGAAGAGGAUACUUCAAGGAGAGGACAGAGCAGAAAACUGACAUUCCAAGAAAAGCGUAUGUGUUCGCUGUCAGCACUGCUGUGUCACUUUGAAGGUGCAGGCAACCAGCCUCCGCAGGAACCAGAGGAGGAUGAAGAAGAAGAAGAGGAAGAGGAAGACGUAGCAAAGCCCAGAAAUAAUAAUGUUGUGACAUUUGAAGAAAAACGAGCAAGUUCUUUGGCUGCCUUUUUGGAUAUGGUUCAAGAAAAAGAAGGUGUUGAGCCUACAGCCUUGACAACUGGUCCCCCUGUAAAGAAAUACCCCAAGCCCUCCAAGGGCCCAGAGGUAGUUCCAGAUAUGACCCCACCACCCUUCAUGUGUCCUGUAAGUUCUGGCGAAGGACAGGGGAGUUCCUCUAACCCCAUUGCUCUAUCAACACAGGCCAUGCAAUCGUUUCAGCAGAAGAAAGUCAAACAAGUUAAAGAAAACAAAGUUGAAAAAGAAAAACAGACUAGCACUCCCUGGAAUUGGUUAGGAAUCCGUAAUGCCCAUGGAAAGAAGAUGGAAGCUGCCCACAUGACAGGACAAGGGGGAGGUAAUCCACAUAGCUAUGGCUCACAAGUCCCAGGCCUCACUGCCAGUGGUAAAGACAAGAGUGAGUUUAAUUUCUUUUAUAAAGUUCCCAAAGAAGCUUAUUCAUGCCCAGAAGAACUACGUGGUGUUUCCAAAAAGAAAGCUGUUCGUUUGGAAACACUAGUAAGACUGCGUUACUGCAAGUUGUGCAGUAUUGUGUUUCCCAAUACUUUUUCUGCGAAACAACACUAUGAGGGAAAGAAGCAUUACAUCAAGCUACGUACGUACAUUCUGAGCAGUGAACGCAAGGACGAUGACGGGAAUCCCAUGUGUUGUAAAGUAUGUAAUGUCAUAUACUCGGAUGAACACCACAAGGAAGUGCAUGUCAAUGGGAAGCCUCAUGCCAAGAGAGUUUUGACUCUCAAGCAGAAAGGCAUCAUUCCUUUUGAUGCCCCAUUAAAUGACCCUAUGGUGAAGGGCCCUGCAUUCAAGGACGAGAGUGACGAUGAAGAUGAGAUUACCUUGGGGGAUGCCCAGGCCUGGGACAUGACAACCAUCAACUCCACAGAACGGAUGUGUCCAAUCUGCAAGGUGGGCUUUUCAUCAGUGUACUCUGCCCUCCAGCAUUACCACGGCAAGCUGCAUGACAAACGGCUUAAUGGUGCUGCCGCUCAACGCAAACUGACUGUUGAUGACAUCAUCAUAAUGGGAGCUGAUGAGGUGAAGUAUGAAUGUAUAGUGUGCAGUGUAAGCCUUAACUCCAGGGAGAGCCUCAACGAACACAUCUGUGGCUACAAGCAUCAGAGCAAACUCAAGUCUCGACAAGUCUUUACGAAAGGGGCAGGAAAACCUGGCACGAGGGGAGGGAUGAGAGGUGGAGGGAGGGGUGGGGCUGUGAGUGGCCGAGGUGGCGGACCGAAAACUUCAAGUUACCUUUCACGAGGUAAAGCAGGAAUCAUCCAACCACGCCCUGCAGAUAGGGGGCAAGGGGGCGGGGCAGGGGCAGAGGUAACUAUGGACAUCAACCAGUCUACCAAACAGGUCAUCAGGCUGGGUACCAGGUGGGAAAUCAAGGUGGCUUCCAGGGUGGGUACCAGGCAGGCAAUCAGGGUGGGUUCCAGAUGGGAAAUCAGGGUGGGUACAAUGGUGGGUACCCGGCAGCAAGACAACAGGCAGGAGGUGUCUACAAUGGAGGCCUCCAGAUGACUCAAGCACACGGCUCUGGAAAUGCUAUUAAUAAAGGUGUAAAGCGCCCCUGGGGCCAGAGCCAGCCACAGAAUCCAGCAAGCACCUGCAACCCAUACCCUCAGUUUGUCCAGUUCCAGCCAGCCAGCAAGAAGUUCCAGACUCAGGAAGGGCUCAUCGUGACAGGGCCUCAGGGGCAGGCCUUCAUGGACCUGGGGUACUGACCUUAGAAUCUCCUGGGAGGACUCUCCUGGUACAUGAGGGAAAUUAAACACUUAGGGAAGGAUGCCUCUCCUCCUUGUGUGUGUGUGUUUAGGGGGGAAAGAGAUUUGAACAAUUAUGGAUGGAUACUUUUCC